AUGAAUUAAGCAAGUUAAAUUCACCAAGCUAAUUCAGCAUAUCAUUUCAAUGAACACCACACUGCCAACAUCAAAGAUCAGCAAAGAGCUUUUAACGACUCUGCCACUGACUUCGGUUAUCCUACCCUACUUCGGGUACGCAGAUGAGUGCCAGAUACUAAUGACUCAGCUAAGAAGAGCUUCGAGAAAACUUUGGGAUAAGAGCAACCACAUAUUGUUAAGGAACUACCCUGGAGAAGAUGGAGAAGAAACACUCAUACUGCAAAAGAAGCUUCUAAGGAUCAGUGCAGUACAUAAGGGCAACUUUCUGAAAGAAAGGGAUACCUUAAGGUUUGAAAGCUUUAUGGAGAGUGAUUUAUCAACACUUUAUAAACUUCAGAUCUAUAUAUGCUGCCCCCAAAAAUCAAUAAUAAGAGAGUUUUUUAAAGUGUUCAGAGAAGUUGACACAAUAAGCUGGACAAUCGAAAAAUUCGAAAUUCAGCUUUCUUGCUAUGACUCUUGAACGACUAAUCGAAGAUAUAUGUUCUCUUCAUUGCAGUGAUUGGCCAAAUUCAUAAAUACACAAUUUGAAGUAUGUGAAUUUAAAGACAGAAAAUAUUUGGUACUUCCAAAAAUAUUUUAUUUGUGAAUAGAAAAUGGGUGUUUAAACUCCUAUGAAGCUACAAAAUUCAGAAAUGCGGGUACCAACUCAGCUUUUGGAGGAGAAUAUAGUAAUCUAUACAAACAAUUAGUACAUGAAGGAGUUGAGACAACAAAAUUUCUAUGUCAUCUUGAGACUAACACAAUUGGCCAAAUAUGAGAGAGAGUUGAUACCUCUGUUUUCAAACUCAAGCUAUUCCAAGAGAAUUAUAUAAGAAACAUAGAUGCUCUCAAAGAGAUUUCAGAUAAACUGAAGAGUUGGCACAGAGAGCAUCAAGAGCAAAGACGAAGAUUGAAAACGAUUUACUUGAAGCUUAGUCAAUCCAGAUAUUGUUGAAUUAUAGAUGAUAAAAACUGUUUGUUGGAGGGACUAAUAGCUUUGUCCCUGAGCUGAAAAGAAAGUGGCCUAAAUUUAAGUAUAAGCAAAGGUACAUUGAAAGACAGCAAUAGCACUUCUGCCUCAUUGUGCUAUCUAGUAAUUGGAAAUCAAGCUUUGGUUAUUAAGAAGUUUAAAUGAUAUCUCUAUGGUGAACUAUUAGUAAGCAGAGACUUCAUAGCAUCUGACCAAUGAAACAUUGAUUUCAAUGGGUUAGUCACGGAUGUUAUACCUCUUCAUGAUACUGGGUUUGAGAACUUAUUAAAAAUGGACAGAAAAAUAAUUAUCCCUGUUGAUAAGAUUUUACAAACGAAAUUUGAACUUGAACAACUCUGGCUGAACAAAAUUAAAUCUUUUUCUUGGAAAAUAAGAACAUUAUCUUCCAAAAUUUACAUAAAGGAUCAAUUAGACAAAAAUAAAAUAUGAGAGAUUAAAGCUUUACAUAAAGAUAUUAAAAUCGAUGUUGAUUUCAAAGGUUACCGACAAAUUCUUCAAAAGAAAGAGAAAGAAAGAUUAAACCAGUGGAUAACGAUGCUAAAAACAAAAAAAUUAGCAUUUAUCACAAUUCAAAAGAUAUAUUAUCCAUUAUCUGAACUUGAGAAUAUUAUUGGUUUACUCCAUAAUCAAACAGACCUCGAAUCAUUAAAAUUCAAUAUCAAACGCUAUUGACGCAAAGGAUCAAUGACUAAAUCCAUCGAGAAGCUUUUCAUGGCUUUAGAAACUCUUCCAAACCUGAAAUCUAUAGAUAUCUGUACCAGAUAUCUAUCCGUAUCAGAUAAAAAGGCCUUUGCAUCACUAAUCAAGGAGUUCAUCAGCAGAAGUAUCGGGAUAAGUAUCAGCAUCCAGAUCGGUUCUAAGAUAUACCUAGACAGAUAUUCAAAACUAGAAUGUCUGCUUAACGAGUAAUUUCGAUAAAACAUUCAAUA